AUGGUAUCUGUGGAUAUGCUAGGACGAAAUAUCUCAAUAAUUUUGGAAAACCUUCUUCAGCACUAUGAAAAAACACAAUUACCCACACAUGGAAGCCAUUUUCCGACGGUGGUUCGGACCAAUAUUCUCAUACGUAGUAUGGGCCCAGUUUCUGAGUUGAACAUGGACUACGGAAUGGAUUGUUAUUUUAGACAAUAUUGGCAUGACAACCGCCUCAGUUUUAAUGGUCCUAUCAAGAGCUUAUCACUAAGUAUUAAAAUUCUGGACAAGAUUUGGCGCCCUGAUACUUAUUUAUAUAAUGGAAAACAUUCACAUAUACAUACAAUUACUGUUCCGAACAAGUUGUUAAGACUUUAUCAAAAUGGUGGAAUACUUUAUUCAAUGCGACUAACUAUAAAGGCCUCAUGCCCUAUGGAACUGAAUAACUUUCCAAUGGACAGACAGUCCUGCCCGCUCGUAAUCGGAAGUUAUGGAUAUACAAAGAAGCAAUUGGUGUAUGAAUGGCAAAAUAAUAAUGAUGCGGUAACAUUUGUUCCUGGUAUGACCCUUAAUCAAUUUGACCUUAUUAACAUGAUGUAUCGAAAUUCUACAUCUGCUCGACGUGAAGGUAUCUUUUCCGUUUUACAUGUUGCUUUUAAUCUUAAACGUCAUACUGGAUAUUUUCUUAUUCAGGUUUACGUGCCAUGUAUUCUUAUUGUGGUUAUGUCAUGGGUCUCAUUUUGGAUACAUCGAGAAGCUACUAGCGACAGAGUCGGUCUUUGUGUUACAGCUGUUUUAACUCUUUCAACUAUUAGUUUAGACUCCCGGACGGAUUUGCCAAAAGUAAAAUAUGCCACUGCCCUGGAUUGGUUUUUAUUAAUGAGCUUUCUAUAUUGCAUUGCUACGCUAUUAGAAUUUGCUGGAGUACACUACUUUACUAAGCUGGCUAGCAGUGAGAUUCCUCAGCUUGAACAGUGGAAGCAUAUUUGUGCUUUGACCAAUAACGGAUCUGAAAACUUUAAACAUAAUACAUAUGAUCCUAUGAUCAGAGAAUCUUCCCUGUGCUCUCUUACCAUGGAACACAAAGCCCAAAAACGACUCCCUGUUAUGUCGCGCAAAAAACAAAUGUGGCUUUGCUUAAAAAAUGAUGACACUUUUCGUAAACUGAGAGCGCGCAACGCGGCUGCUGAAAACAAUCAAGGCCAAACUGCUAAUUAUGUCAAUAGCGUAUCUCUAAUUGAUCGUAUCGCACGAAUAGCUUUUCCAACUUCUUUUGCAUUUUGUAACUUUUUAUACUGGCUAUCUUAUGGAAUGUACAAAAAAGAAUUUUCCCUGACCUACUGCAGAUCGGUCACUAUCCGCAACCUGCGACCCGGUCCUGCCGACCACUGCCAUAGGGUUUUGGGCAUCACGGCUUUUGGGCCAUUUCUCAUGCAAGCUUUGACCAAUAACGGAUCUGAAAACUUUAAACAUAAUACAUAUGAUCCUAUGAUCAGAGAAUCUUCCCUGUGCUCUCUUACCAUGGAACACAAAGCCCAAAAACGACUCCCUGUUAUGUCGCGCAAAAAACAAAUGUGGCUUUGCUUAAAAAAUGAUGACACUUUUCGUAAACUGAGAGCGCGCAACGCGGCUGCUGAAAACAAUCAAGGCCAAACUGCUAAUUAUGUCAAUAGCGUAUCUCUAAUUGAUCGUAUCGCACGAAUAGCUUUUCCAACUUCUUUUGCAUUUUGUAACUUUUUAUACUGGCUAUCUUAUGGAAUGUACAAAAAAGAAUUUUCGUGGUCCACAAUAGAACAAUAAAGCAAUUUUACAAGA